AUGAGGAAGACACUGCUACUAGUUCUCACCUUGUCAGCGGGGGUUUAUGUUCUGGCUACGAACUUGUUUCGAAAGUACCACUAUGUGAGCAGCCCCAAGACGUGGGCUGCAGCUCAGCGGUACUGCAGAGAGACGUACGCCGACCUGGCCACCGUGGACAGCCCAGAGGAAAACGACAGACUGCUCCUGGAACUGCAGGGAUCUGGACAGUUUGCCUGGAUCGGGCUUUACGACAACACAACGGGCUGGAAGUGGACAAUGGGAGACGAUGACUUUGUUGGCAAUAACAAUUUCCCACAUUGGGAAGCAAAUCAGCCUGACAACUAUGGCGGCAAGCAGAGCUGCAUAGUGAUGAAUUUGAUUGGAGAAUGGCGGGAUGAAAUCUGCAACACAGAGCGCCCUUUUAUCUGCUUUGACGAACAUGGCCCUUCGAAACAUGUUGUGGUGUCUACAUUCAUGAUUUGGGAAGAUGCUAAGAACUACUGUCGGUCCAAACACACGGACCUGGUCAGAGUGUGGAACUCGUCUCAGAAUGAUGAAAUCCACCCAAUGAUUGAGAGGAACCACUGGAUUGGCCUUUACAGAGACCUGUGGGCUAACUGGUCUGACCACAGCCCACUGACCUUCACUAACUGGGAGACGGGCCAGCCUGACAACAAAGGCAGCACCAACAUGACUUCCUGCGCUGCUGUGGGUAUGAGCACCAGAACCUGGUGGGAUGUUGACUGCAGUGAAGAGCACGAGUUCAUCUGUCAGACUCUGAUUCCAUCCAGUAGGAAGUUGAAGCUGCGCUUCCAGUCUGAGGCCGACCUUAAUGACCCCGACGCCCAGCAGCAGAUUUUGCAGCAGCUGCAAGCUAAAAUGGAGGCUAAUGGAUUAACAGACUUCAAGCUUCGCUGGAUGGAGACUUUUCACAAAGAACCAAAGAAAAAAACAUGAGGAAAAAUUUUGCGUUUUUCAUCCACCAUUCAUGAGCAUAACCUACAGAAAUUCACAUCCAUAGUUGAGUCAGUCAAGGACAUUUUCAGUACCUCUUUUUUUGCUAAGCUAACCCUUUACAGAUACACUAUUGAACUUAUGUAAUCCUUUCUGGAAUAAGUCGACCCACAUAUAUGUUUAUUUGCUUCUAAAUGUCUAGGUGCACAUUAUACGUAGCUAAUAUCGUUAAUAAGGAGAAACCUUAUUAACCUGUUUAACAAGGUAAAACCUGACAUGACUACCCUUAAUUCCAUAUGCGUUUCCUCAACUUGAAGUAUGCAAAUGAUUUGCUUUUCUCUUCACAUGAUGUUUUUAUGCUGUACGAUGCACCAUACGUUCUAUGGACCAUUUAAACUUUAUACCUGACCGUUUUCUUGAGUUUUAUAUCCAAUUUGUUACUUCUUUUUUU